AAAACAAACCCUUUUGUCUUCUCGCCGCCACAAAAACCUGGAAACAUCUCUCUCUCGCGUUUGCUUUUCUGAAUCCCUAAAUCGGAUUCGAAGGUCAGGGCGAAUAGUAAUGGUUAUGUCGGCGAAUUUCUUCAAGUUAGAUUCGCUGGAGUCUGACACGGAUGAAGAGAGGACGACGACGACGGCGAGUAAGGUCGCGGUUCCAUCUCAAGGAACCCCCGCAGAGCGCAGCUCUGUGAAGAAGAAGACGAAGAAGAAGAAACCAAGUGUUGAAAAACCUGAUUCUGAAGGUGGAAAGAAAUCGAAGACGAAGGUAUCUGGUGGUGAUGAGUUAGGAGGAGACACUGAGAGCAGCCAAGGCCAUGAGAAAGCAGUCGCCAACACUGAUGCUGAUGAUGAUGGUAAGAGAAAGAGAAAGCGUGUUGAUGAUACUGAUCUGGGAGAUACAUCACCCAAUCCUAAGACUACUAAGAAGAAGAAGAAGCAAACAGUUGCUGAUUCUGAAAACACCUCCAGCUCCAAGAAGAAAAGUAAGGACAAGAUUCAAAGAGAUGUUCCAGAGGAGGCUCAAGUUAAUCAGUUACAAACUGAGGAUCCAGAGAAGUCUCCAAAGAAGAAGAAGAAGCAAACUGAAGAUCCAGAGGUUGAAGAAGACAACAAGGACUCUGCUGAAGAUGCUGAGAAGAAACAAAGUGAGGAUUCAGAGGCUGACGACUUGAACAAGUCUUCCAAGAAGAAAAGGAAGAAGAAGCUAAUUGAUGCUCCAGAGGUUGGAGAAGAUGAUGCAGAAAAGACACAAAGUGAGGAUUCAGAGGCUAACUUGAACAAGUCUACCAAAGUUCCAAAGAAGAAAAAGAAGAAGAAGAAGCUAAGUGAAGCUCCAGAGGUUGAAGACUCUUCGGGAGAUGCAGAGAAGGAGAAUUCAGAGGCUGAAGGAAACUACUUGAACUCUCCGGAAAUUGCAAAGAAGAAAAGUAAGAAGAAGAAGAAGAAGCAAAGUGAAGAUCCAGAGGCUGAAGAAAACAACAACAACAAUGGAAAGGAUAAAAAGAAGAAGAAGAAGAAGAAGCAGAAGGGUAGUAAGAGUGAUGAAGUUGUGACCACCCCAUCACCCAAAAGCGCUAAAAAGGUCAACUUUUCCGACCAAGUUGAAGUUUUUCCUGCUGACUCUGAAGAAAGCGAUGAAGAAGAAGGGGAAGAAAAAGUUGACCUGGUGAGGGGUAAGCGGUUUACAAAGGAAGAAGACGAGCUGAUCAAGAAAUCUGUAUUGGAAUACGUUGAGAACCAUGCUUUAGGAGACGAAGGGAUUAACAUGGUCAUGAACUGCAAGGCACACAAACAAAUCAAAGGCUGUUGGAAAGAGAUAGCUACUGCUUUACCCUGGAGGCCAUACCUUGGUGUCUACUAUCGUGCGCAUACUUUGUUUGAAGAAGGAUCCAAAGGGGUAUGGACUAAAGAGGAUUUGGAGCUCGUUGUGCAGCAUCAGAAGAAACGCGGCAACGAUUGGAGGACUCUCGCGGAUGCCAUGGGUAAACACAGGAACCAUGUUAAAGACGCUUGGAGGAGGAUUAGAUUGGCGUCCAAGAAGAAAGGACAUUGGUCUAUGGAGGAGUACCAAAGCCUCUUUGAUCUUGUCAACAGAGACCUUAGGAUAAAAGCGUUCAAAGAGAAGCACUCUAAACAUGGGAUGCUCAGGGAUAACAUCCCUUGGAUGGCUAUAAGCGACCAGCUCGGAACAAGGGACCAUGCCGUCUGCUGCCUGAAAUGGUAUGAUCAGUUGACAUCACCGAUGGUGGCCGAUGGGAUGUGGGCUAACGUGGAUGACUAUAGGCUCUUGGACGAGCUUACGAAUCUGGAUGCUGCUUGUGUCGACGACGUGGAUUGGGAUAAUCUUUUGGAUAAUAGAGAUGGAGAUGCUUGUAGAAGUCGGUGGAAUCAGAUGGUGAAUCAUAUCGGAUUGCCUGGAAGCAAAACGUUUGCAGAACAAGUCGAGGUUUUGUCUCAGAGGUAUUGCCCUGACAUAGCUGAAGACAGAGAAGACUUUGACAACAGACCUUUUGAUCCUGAAGAUUAAUCAAGUCUAGUAAGAGUUUAUUUGUUCCUUUUUAUGUUCUACUUUAAUGUAAGUUGUGUUUGUGAGCUUGAAAAACUAUGUUAAGGUUUUUGAUCGGGAUUCUCUUUGCUUCUC